AUGUGCGUAGGAAUAAGACUGGAUAUCCAUCCAGGCAGGUUGAGCACGAACCAGGGAGACGUCACAGGAGUGUGGAAGGACGGUAUUCUCAAGGGGUACAACGUCUACGAGUACAAAUACCAGCCUGAAGAUGAGCCAUUUGAUCUCUCUGAGCUCUCAUACAACGGCGUGAGAAUGCCUGGAAUCGUCGCACACAUUGUCACUGUUAAAAGCGCAACCACGUUCUUUUCAUCUGAAAAUUGGCGUCUCUUGCUCAUAGGUCUGGAUUGCGCCGAGAACUACACCUACUACGCCAAUCCUCUGACCAAGGCCGAAGUUGUAACGAGCACCUUUACGGAGUUUACAGUGGAUAUUCCGCUUAUAAAUGACGACUUGAUGAGGAUACUAAAGAGUAUAGACAAGAACGAAGGUAUGAGGAUCCAUAAAUUGUAUGCCGAGAAUGUAAAUUUGGCCGAGAAGCUCCUGAGGUCCUCUGACGUUCUUCUCGAUUUUUCUCACAAAUUUGAAGCUUGCGAGCACAAAUACCCGUCAGUCAUUACAAACACGAAUGUGACCGUUGAGGUGAGUGCAGAAGUUGGUACCAGGUACCUCAGAGCGAGACAUUUUGCCAGCGGUCCAUUCAGGGUACGGGGCAUCAAACUUCCAAGUGGUAACUACAUGAAGGUCAUCGGAGGGCUUCCCAACGAUUUUAUUCACGAGGCAAAUAUGUACUAUAAACAAGGGGAUCUAGCCUGCCGUAAACCACUCCUGGCAGAGCUCAAGAAGGAUGAGAAUAUAAAGUACAUCCUGUAUAAGCAAAAGAAGCACAAGUGGAACAUUUACAAAAUCUCCAAGGCACAGAAAAGGUCGUAUAGCAUAGAAAAGAUCCUGGAGAGGAUCGAAAAGGACGGGAAGCUCGAUGUUUCUAAACUGGAGUCUAACUCCGCCAUUGGCUUACCCGGUCUUCCAAAGGUCAAUUUUGUCGGCGGUCUCAAGAAAGUUACGGGAUUGGUAAAGAAUGUAACUCUCGGGAUCGCCAAAGGUCUCUCGGGGAAGCACAAGGGGUGA